AUGGACGACACCGUACUGCAGAAGUGCCUCGACCAGGUUAAAAGCUACAACAGUGAACUGAUGAGCACGACGAUUCUGUGCGAGCUCGAAUUUCAGAGUAGAGGCGCAGAACACGACGAGGCAACGGCCAGGCACUGCACGGGUCUCAGCGAGAGAAUAUCGACUAUGAUCGAUAUCAGCAUCGAUGCAAACAAGAGACAAACAGAAAACGGCAAGAAGAUGGCUCACUACAUCGCCGACCAGACAAUCAAAGCCGCAGUAACUCGCCUAGCCACCCAGAUACGCUUGCAGCCCCAAAACCCGAUGGUCACCUUUGUGCUAGACAUCCUCUCCGAGAGCCCCGAAGGCAACGACAGACGCAAGAAACUCGAGGCCAGGAUCAAAGCAAAGAUGAGUUUGGCUAUUCUCGACGCCGGUGACGAAGGCUCAGAGUUUGCAGAGAAGGUACAGGCUUUCGAGAAGGAAGCUGGCGAGCUGGCAUUGGAGUUCGCAAUCAAGGAUGCAAAGAAGAUGGCCGAUGAGGGCCUGGGAAUGCUGGCUAUGAUAUGA